GCCGGUCCCCGGCGUCGCCGUCGUGCACGUUGGUGGCUUAACUCCCUUACCCAAAAAGCACGGGGCAAUUUCGACUCAAUGUGCAAAGACUUAAAAAUGCUCAGAGAAUCUAAACUGAGCAGUGCAGAAAAUAUUCAAAUAAUGUUUACUUAGAUGCUCUGCGCAACCAAUUCAAAUGUUCCUAUCUGGUGUCAUAAGAGCUGGUCGCCAUAGAUCUACUUGAUCAGGACGCGGAUAGCAGCCGCCUGGCUAAUGAAAAACGAGUAUACGCACUUAUAACACCGACAUUGAUUAGAACUUCCAAGCCUUGCCACCAUGGGUGUUGUAGGUUGGGGUCGCCGUUUGACAGUUCUGCGUUUGGAAUAACCUGCAGGUGUAUCUGUGUAUCUAUCGCGUGCGCAGAUUCUUCACGCAAGCAUGAAAGGGGAGGGGUGUUUCAAUUCUAACAGGAAUAUUUCACCUUUUUUUUUUCUUUUCUCUUUUUUCUUUUUUCUUUUUUUAAUGACCUACCUCAUAUGAGCCUUCCUGUAGUUUAGCCGGAUAAAGCGUCAAACCGCUGUGCGGAAGUCCAUAGGCCCGCCUUCAGUUGGUAGAGCUUUUUUGUGUACGUGACUGCCGUUGAGGGCAGCUGUGCCCUGUUAGCCAUUGUCUUGAAAGCAAUAGCCUUAGAUCCUAUCUAGGUUACAAAGGUAGCCUCUUGCAGGCGUUCAGUUAUAUCAUGGAGGGUUAGGCCGCAAACUUUGGACAAGUAUAUUAUCUGGUGUAUCAGCACAAAUUGCUGAGUUUUUUCAUUGAUUUUCUUAAAAACCGUUCAAAGCCAAAUCGGGCCUCAGUGCAGAAUUUAUUACAUUGUUAUGAUAAUGAAAUUAAUAUACAUAUGCGUUUGCUAAGAAACUUACUGGCGAGAUAACUCAGCAGCGAACCCAGUCGCAUCCUAUCCAAGCACCGUUCGAUAUCGUACAUAUUCUCUUGCUCUUCAUUCUGGGUUUGUUCCAGACCAGAGUGCUUCCCAUCUCUCAUAACACAGGUCAGCGUAUUACACUAUUAUUUUCUAUUGUUAUUUGGAAGACACUAUUUGUCAACAAAGGCCUAUACGUUUUGAUCCCAUAGUCACGCUUCUUUCACAUUCAGUUAGUACAUCUGUUGGAGCUAGUGCGUAGAAACGGCUAAUGAAUGUAAACAAACGAGAAAAUAACUGACAACACUAUGUCCAAUAGAAAAUAGAAAAUAUCAUUUUUUUUCCAAGCUGGAGCUUAGCGUGAAUUAAUUAGCAGUUUUGUCUUCAAGCGAAGAAAAAUAUGAAAUAUUAAUGACUGAUUUGUUUUUCUCUUGCUCUUUAAGCCACACGUUUUGAAACACGCAAUUAAGUGAACUGAGGAUAUGUUUCUUUUUACACAAUCUUGAAAUGAAGAAGCCUCUAGGGAUUAUAUUCUGAUGAUCGAGUAAUGAGCUAUCAAAUUUCCUUUUUUGCCGAGGAUUAGCCAUUGGUCAGACCUACCUAAAUGAAUAGAAUAAUAAUCAGUUUUAGAUUAUUGGGAAAUACAUCGAGAUAAAAGUCAAGUUCUCCACUCAACUGACACCUGGAGAAGAACACAUCAACUGGUGAACAUAACAGCUGAAUAACAGGAAGGCUUAAACGACAAGACCUCGGCAGGAAUUGAAAAAGUCAGGCUAGCUACAAACAACAACUGAGAUGAACGAAACAACCAGUCCUCCAGUCAUUUCUGCAAGGUCGCCGGCAUUUAUCUGGCUGGUGGUGUUAAGCUGCAUGUCUGGUGUUGUGGCAGUUGUUGGAAAUGCGGUCGUUCUCAUUGCUAUAUACCGUACGAAAGCUCUCCAUACAAUCUCCAAUUUCUUCAUUGCCUCGUUAGCAGCAGCCGACAUGGUGGUUGGAAUUCUCCUUAAUCCUCUCUUAUCUGCAAAAGCCGUCAUAUUUAGUUACCAGAAUCCUGAUCUCCCGAUCAGAGGCUCUGUGUUCGACAAAGUAGAAGAUUUUGCGUGGAUCCAAGCAGUGGUGGCGACUACAUUCGGUUUAACCGCCAUCAGUGUUGAUCGUUACAUCGCUGUGAAUUUCGGGCUCCGAUAUGAAGCUCUUGCUACCCUGAAACACUGUGCACUUGCAACUGCUUCCGUUUGGAUUACAUCUCUGGUCUUUGCAAGCGUUCGGUUAUUCAUCGACAAUCCCGACUAUCUAUCGAUUCUUUGGCUCGUCAUGGGAGUCAUAACUUGCAUUUUACCCUUUAUCAUUAUAACGUUCUGUUACAUGCAGAUUUUCAAGGCGGCUAAGCGACAAGUUCAGAAAAUAAAGCACGAAAACUCAUUGACAAGUCGCUCUGGCUUUCGGCGAAAGAACACUCAAGUCAGCCACGCUAAGACAGCGUUCACUGUUGCUAUAGUCAUUGUUCUCUUUGUUGUGUUGUGGGUACCAAGUCUUGUCACAGCAGUAGUCCAGGUCAGUUUGGCAGGAUCACAGAUGCCUAAGCAUCAAGUAAUUUUCACGAGAUUGGAACGCGUCGCAUGGCCUUGGGUCUGUUUUGUAGCGUAUCUGAGUUCGGCUGUAAAUCCUUGGAUAUAUUCUAUUCGGUCGAGACAAUUCAGAGCUGCUUGUUCACAAAUUUUCAAAUGCUUUGGAAGGCUCCGUCCCAGAAAUGAGCCAGAAUUGUCCUCAACUGAACGGGGAACCACAAUUCCUAACACUUCAGCUUGCUGCGAACCAAACACGGGAUAAUAAACCUGUAACAGGGGGACCCCUUUUCAUGAAGGUUUAAUUAAUCUAAAGAAAGUCUUCAUACAUGGCUACCCGUUCAACAACAAGACAAAUUUGAUACAAAUAAUUUAAAAUAAUAAUUUUUUAAGAGAGGUAUCUAAGAUGCUUCGUUAAAUUAACAAGCGCGGUUGGAAGAUAUUAAAACUCAAGCCUCUAUAGAAAUAGAAUGAGUGACACCUUAAUAAAACAGGUGGUAGGAAAUUAACAUCAGAAUAAGACCGAAUAGGCGCCAGUCCGUUUUUUUUUUUUUUUUUUUUUGAACUGAUUAGAAAGUUGACAGAUAUCAGGCUUUUAACUGGCCAGGCUAGGAGUUUCUUCUUGUUUAGUAUUAGAAAAAAAAAAUGUCCAAAAUAAUAUAUUUUAAGCCACUUUAAUUAAUUCAUUUGUCUAACUUUACUCAGCCAACCCUUUGUAAAUAGUUAAAACGAAGGCCGACAGUCAUAAUAAUAAUGGAAGUAACUGAUAUGAAGCGAAAAGUGUAUUUGCAUUUAGGGCCUUUGGAUUUGCAUUUAUUGUUUAAACAAGAAUUAAUCCUUUAAAGGGUGGUGUUUACGCAUAACUGAUAAGCAUGGUGGGCGACAUAUGCAGAUGUAAUGAGUGUUUGAUAAUUGGGGCUUUUUUAGGACAAUUUCCGAACAGAAGACGCUACUUAGCGGCACUCUACUGCACCAGCGUAUUUUUCUUAUUUUUAAAUUAAUUUAUUUUCUUAAUAACAAUGACGUGUACCUAUAAUGAGAAUAUUACCCUCACUGCCUAACAUUACU